UCGUCAUCAUCGCUGCACAGAAUCGAUGAGACGUUAAUAAUUGCGACAAUAGAGACGCGGAGUGCGGGUCACUCCGGGCAAACUCGCUGCUCCCGUUUGGCCGACCGACGACAAAGUUCCCACGAUCUUCUCAAAUAUCCCACAGCUGAGACCACAUUACCCCAACUGCAUUUCACUCAUACACAUAUAGUACACAACAGCGCAACCAUGGCCACCAUCAACAAGGACAUUGACACCCUUGUCAUCAACACCAUCCGGACGCUUGCUCCCGAUGUCGUGCAAAAGGCAAACUCGGGACACCCAGGUGCUCCCAUGGGUUGCGCCCCAAUGGCCCACAUCCUCUACUCCAAAUUCAUAACCGUCAACCCAAAGCAGCCUCACUGGAUCAACCGUGACCGGUUCGUUCUCUCCAACGGACACGGAUGUGCGCUCCUUUACAUCAUGCUCCACCUAACGGGGCACAACAUCACCAUGGACGACCUCAAGGGAUUCCGCGCUCUUGACAGCAAAACUCCUGGACACCCCGAGGCAAAUCACGGAGUCGAUGGAAUCGAAGUGACCACCGGUCCCUUGGGACAGGGUAUUGCAAGCGCUGUCGGUCUCGCUAUUGCCGAGGCUCAACUGGCUGCUACUUUCAACAAGCCAAAAUACGAGCUCAUCGACAACUACACCUACGUUAUCCUUGGUGACGGUUGUAUGCAGGAAGGUGUACAGGCUGAAGCCGUCUCCUUGGCUGGACACUUGCAACUCGGCAAACUCAUUGCCCUGUACGAUGACAACCACGUACAGAUCGAUGGAGACACUGCCCUUGGAUUCACCGAGGAUGUUGUCAAGCGCUAUGAGGCAUAUGGAUGGCAUGUCCAGGUCAUCACCGACGGUGACCACGAUGUUGACGGUAUCACGGCUGCCAUUGAGAAGGCAAAGGCUGUCACGGACAAGCCAUCCCUCAUCAAGGUCCGCACUACCAUUGGGUUCGGAUCCAAGAAUCAGGGGUUGGAGAAGGUGCACGGAGCCCCUCUUGGCGAGCCCGACAUCGAGUCUGUAAAAACCAAGCUCGGUUUCAAAUCCGACCAGAAGUUCUACGUCCCUCAGGAGGUGUACGACUUCUACAAGGAGAUUGGCAAGAAGGCUGAGAAGAAGACUGAGGAGUGGUACCAGCUUCUCGACGCUUACACGAAGGAAUACCCCGAGCUUGCUUCCGAACUGAAGCGUCGUCUGGCAAAGAAGCUUCCUAACGGUUUCAAGGAGGCGUUGCCCAAGUACACUCCCGCUGAUCCCGCUGUUGCUACCAGGAAGCUCUCAGAGAUGGUCCUGAACAAAAUUGCGCCCCUUAUCCCCGAGUUCAUUGGAGGUUCUGCCGAUCUCACUGGAUCGAACUUGACCAGGUGGAAGGGUGCGGAGGACUUCCAGCCUCCUUCCACAAAGUUGGGCACCUACGCCGGACGCUACAUCCGUUUCGGUGUUCGUGAACACGGAAUGGCCGCCAUCUGCAACGGUAUCGCCGCCUACGGAGCUCACAUCUCUUUCGGAGCCACCUUCUUCAACUUCAUCAGCUACGCCCUGGGAGCCGUCCGUCUGAGCGCUCUGUCUAAGCACCACGUCCUCUACAUCAUGACCCAUGACUCCAUCGGUCUCGGAGAGGACGGCCCCACCCACCAGCCUAUUGAGACCCUCGCCGAGAUGCGCGCCAUACCCCGCAUCCUCAACUUCCGUCCCGCUGACGGAAACGAGGUCUCUGGAAGUUACCUGGCCGCGUUCGAGGAGCAGGAGCGACCAUCCGUCCUUAUCCUCACCCGUCAGAACUUGCCCCAGCUCGAGGGAUCCACCAUCGAGGCCGUCCGCAAGGGUGCCUACGUCCUGCAGGGCAAGGAAGGCAAAGCUGACAUCUGCUUCGUCGCCACUGGAUCUGAGGUCUCCCUCGCAGUCGAAGCCGCUGCUGAGCUUGCCAAGCAGAACAUUAAGUCCCGCGUCGUCUCUAUGCCCUGCUGGGAGUUGUUUGCCGACCAGGACAUUGAAUACCAGCAGUCUGUGUUCCCUGAGGGAGUCCCGGUUGUCAGCAUCGAGGCCAUGUCCACGUUUGGAUGGGACCGAUGGGCCCACGCUUCCAUCGGUAUUGACCGAUUCGGAGCAAGUGCUCCUUACAAGGACUUGUACAAGAAGUUCGGUCUCGUACCCGACGUCGUCGCCGACAAGGCCAAGAAGGUCAUCGAAUUCUACAAGGGCCGCACGCCAGAAAACAAGCUCCUCCGCCCUUUCCCUUACUAGAUCAUAUAGGAAGUCAUCAACUGCUUGGCCUAGGAUCAGUCAAGAAUAGGCGAUUAGAGUGUUAAAUGCCGUAUUGCUUACAUUUUGAGAGUAAUGGAUCUUGUUUCGACUUUCUGAAGUGGUGGGUGGCAUGAAAGUAUGUUCCGAGGAGUUCGUUGUGGAGCCGGCGAUGAACAGCGGUUUGAACGGAAUGGUGUUCGCACUUCUGCGCACUCGAACCCGUUACCAAAAUUG